GGACACCCACAGCUGAGCCACGCCAUGGGGACCCUCCAGGACAAUGAUGCCCUGCUGAGCCUGGGGGCCGUGCUGGACGUCGGCAGCCUGCGGGACAGCCUGCGCCAUGCCCUCAUCUCCCUGCUGCCCAGGGUGGAGCACCUCUACCUGUACCUGCGGGAGGGGGACCCCAGGCUGCUGUGUGACGACCCCCCCCACGAGCUACCCCCCCACGGCAAGAUCAGGGAUGCGGUGCGGAGGCAGAAGCGGUUGGAGUGCGGGGGGCUGCCCCCUGCAGAGCUGCCUGGCAAGCACCUGGCACCCCUGGCAGCGCCCCUGGCACCUGGCACACAAGUUCUCAUCCUGCCGCUGGUGGACAAGGAGAGCAGCACCGUGGUCUGCGUCAUCCUGGUGCACUGCGGGCAGCUGAGUGACUCUGACGAGCAGAACCUGCGUGCCCUGGAGAGACACACCCUGGUGGCUUACCGGCGCCUGCAAGCCCUGCAGAAGCUGCAGCCCCCGCCCCAGGGCAGCCUCUCCCCCAGCCCCUCCCAGACCUCCUUGACCAAGGCUGAGAAGGAGCCGGGGAGCAGCUACAGCGACCUGGACUGCAAGAUCCUGCAGCUCUGUGGGGAGCUCUACGACCUGGAUGCGGCCUCGCUGCAGCUGAAGGUCAUCAACUAUCUGAAGCAGGAGACAGAGUCCCUGAGCUGCUGCCUGCUGCUGGUCUCGGAGGACAACCACCAACUGUUCUGCCAGGUGGUAGGGGACAGAGUGCUGGAGGAGGAGAUCAGCUUCUCGCUGACCUUCGGGCGCCUGGGCAGGGUGGUGGAGGACAAGAAGUCAAUCACCCUGCAGGACAUCAGCCAG